AUGAUCAUUGAUAAUUUAGUUUUGGUCAUUCAUUUGAUAUGCCUAAUAACUUCUUCUCAAUCACUGGAGGAAGUAUCAUUCUUUUUAAAAUCCGAAUUUUCAAAUGUUUCAUCACCACAACCACAUUAUAAUUUUUUCAAAAGAUCAAGACAUGAAGAACAGCCAAUGUUUUUAGUUGAGGAUACUACAGAUGUCUAUAAGUCACCUGGUUAUUAUCCAAGUCCCCUUGGUGGUAGAAUUGAUAAUUGUUGGCAAAAAUCAUAUGAAAAAGCAAGAAAAAUAAUUGAAAAAAUGUCUAUACCGGAAAAGGUUAAUCUAACAACAGGUACUGGUUGGGGUUCAGGUCCUUGUGUUGGUAAUACUGGAUCAAUUCCAAGAUUAGGUAUUCCAAAUUUAUGUUUACAAGAUGGUCCAAAUGGAGUUAGAUUUACUGAUUUUGUUACUCAUUUUCCUUCUGGAUUAGCUACUGCUGCUACUUUCAAUAAAGGUUUAACAUUUUUAAGGGGUAAAGCUAUUGGCAGAGAACAUCGUAAAAAGGGUGUUCAUAUUGUAUUAGGACCAGUUAUUGGACCAAUUGGGUUAAAAGCUCAAGGUGGUAGAAAUUGGGAAAGUUUUGGUUCAGAUCCAUAUUUACAAGGAGUUUUAGGAGCUGCAACAGUUGAAGGUAUUCAAGAUGAAGGAGUUAUUGCUUCUUGUAGACAUUUAAUUGGUAAUGAACAAGAACAUUUUCGUCAAGUUGGUGAAUGGGAUGAUUUAAAUUCUAAAAAUGAUUGGGAUAAAUUAUCCACUUCAUUAAGUUCAAAUAUUGGUGAUAGAGCUAUGCAUGAGAUUUAUUUAUGGCCAUUUGCAAAUAUUAUAAAAUCUGGUUGUGGUAGUAUUAUGUGUUCUUAUAAUCAAGUUAAUAAUACUUAUGCUUGUGAAAAUUCUUAUUUGAUUAAUUAUUUAUUAAAAGAAGAAUUAGCGUUCCAAGGUUUUGUUAUUAGUGAUUGGGGUGCUCAACAUUCUGGUGUAACUUCAGUAUUAUCUGGUUUAGACAUGACAAUGCCUGGUGAAGUAUUUGAUGAUUGGUUAACCGGUAAAUCAUUUUGGGGUCCUUUAUUAACUAGAGCAAUAUAUAAUGGUACAGUAUCACAAGAAAGAUUAAAUGAUAUGUGUCUUAGAAUCUUAGUACCUUUUUUUGCAAUUGAUACUGUAUGUUUACCACAAGAAGAUGAUGUACCAAAUUUUAGUUCUUGGACUCAUCAUACAUAUGGACAACUAUUUCCAUAUCAACAUUACGGUCCUAUUGUUCAAAAGAAUUGGCAUGUUGACGCAAGAUCUGAAUUUAGUGAUAAUACUGCUUUGACAGUUGCAAGAGAAUCCAUAAUUUUAUUGAAAAAUUCUUAUCAUCAUUUACCUAUUGAUAAAAGUGAUGGAGUUAGAAGAAUAUUAAUUGCUGGUCAAGGAGCCAAUUAUGAUAGUCAAGGUAUUAAUUGCAAAGAUCAAAGAUGUACACAAGGUUGUUUAACUAGUGGUUGGGGUUCAGCUGCGGUGAAUAAUCCAUAUAUUAUAACACCAGUUGAAGCUAUAUCCAAAAAAUGUAGAGAAAGAGGAAUAGUUGUUGAUCAUUCAUCAGAUAAUUGGGAUUUAGAUAAUAUGGGAGAUUUAGCAGAUUAUGCUGAUUUGUCAAUUGUUUUUGUUAAUAGUUUUUCAGGUGAAGGUUAUAUAAAUGUUGAAAACAAUUUUGGUGAUAGGAAAAAUCUUUCAUUAUGGCAUAACGGUGAUGAUUUAAUUAAUAAAGUUGCAGAUAGAUGUCAUAAAACAGUUGUUGUUAUAACUUCCACUGGCCCAGUUAAUUUAGAAAAAUUUAUUGAUCAUGAAAACGUUGUUGCUAUAUUAUUUACUGCUCCAUUAGGUCAAUUUCUAGGUCAAGCUAUUGCUGAUGUGUUAUUUGGUGAUACAAAUCCAAGUGGUAAGUUACCUUUUACAAUAGCCAAAAAGAAACAACAUUAUGUCCCAGUAAUUGAUGAUUUAGCAGGUGAAGUUGAACCACAAGAUAAUUUUGAUCGAGAUAUUUAUUUAGAUUAUAGAUUCUUUGAUAAACAUAACAUAAAACCAAGAUAUGAGUUUGGAUUUGGAUUAUCAUACACAAGUUUUAAAAUUAGCAAUUUAAAAAUUACUGAAAUCAAUCCACCAUCAGAAUAUUUACCUUAUCCUCCUGAAUAUUUACCAGUUGUUAAAAUGGUUGAAGAUGAUGUUUGUGAUCCAGAAGAUGCUUUAUUUCCACAUGAUGAAUUUGAUCCAUCACCAGGUUAUAUAUAUCCUUAUUUGUAUAACGAAAACAUCAAAUCAGUUGAUGAUGAUGAAAGUUAUGAAUAUCCAAAAAAUUAUAAUCCAGAUCAACCAAAUUGUCCUUCUUUGAAUUCUGGUGAUAUGGGAGGUAAUCCAGUAUUAUGGGAAAUUUUAUAUGAAGUAAGUGCAGAAAUUAAAAAUGAUGGUCCAAUAAAAGGUGGUUAUGUUUGUCAAUUAUAUAUUGAAUUUCCAAGUACAAUUGUUCCAUCACCUCCAAAAAUUUUAAGAGGUUUUGAAAAAGUUUUUUUAGAACCUGGAAAAUCUUCAAAAGUAUUUUUUAAUAUUUUACAUCGUGAUCUAUCAAUUUGGGAUUGUGAAUCUCAACAAUGGAUCAUUCAAACUGGUACUUAUAAAGUUUAUUUAGCUACAAGUAGUAGAAAAAUAGAAUUAACAGGUGAAAUUGAUAUUGGUUGCUGA